AUGAAGCUACCUCCCAUCGCGGUAGCCUGUCUUUCCGCUCUCGCCAUAGACUCAUGCAGCAACGUCAUCGCGCAACGCCUCAAAGCAUGGAACGAAUCUAAGCCCUUCGUCUUCGACCGCGUCCUCUUUACCCAGUUCGCCAUCAUGGUCGUACUCACCGCGCCCAUCAACUACCACUGGCAGAAUUGGCUCGAGCGCGCGUUUCCGGGCUGGAAGACCGUCAAGCAAACAAGGGCUGUAGGCGAAGGUGAAGAGGAGAAGGGCAUAAUGCUGAGAGGUGAUGGAGAAGGAAAGGGCAUUGUGGAAGAAGAGGUUAGAGUGAGGAACUGGUGGAAUAUUUUCAAGAAGUGGUUUACGGACUGCAUAACCAUGGGCGCGCUACUGAACCAGUCAAUGUUCCUGAUUCUGAUUGGUCUCAUGAAGGGCAAGACAGUUGCGAUGAUUGGGCAGGACUUCAGAAACGAGCUCUUCGGUCUCAUCUUCGAUUCGUACAAGGUCUGGCCGAUUGCCAACUUCUUUAGCACCACCUUCAUCCCUGUCGAGCGUCGUAUUGUCUUCCUCAGCUUCUGCGGUUUACUGUGGAACAUAUAUCUGAGUCUGGUGGCAGCUCGAUUGUAG